CCGGCCCCGGCCCCCUUCCCGGCCGCCGCCGCCGCCGCCGCCGGAGCCGCCGCGCCGGAGAGCCGCCGCCGCCUGAGGAUGCGCCGCACAACAGUGUUCUGAGACGGAGGCGCCUAGGCUGAAUGGAAUUCAGCGUCAGGAAAAGCCCUCUCUCUGCUCCGAAGGUGGUGAAGUGCGUGAAGAUGAAGCAGGCCCCGGAAGUUCUGGGCGGUGCCAAUGGAAAGCCCCCGAGCUGCGACGUGAGCCGAGAGUGCUCCGUGUUCCUGAGCAAAGCCCAGCUCUCCGCCGGCCUGCAGGACGGGGUCGUGCAGAAGUUCAACGGCCAUGACGCGCUGCCAUUCAUCCCGGCCGAGAGGCUAAAAGACCUCACCUCCCGCGUCUUUAAUGGAGAGCCCGGUGCUCACGAUGCCAAACUGCGUUUUGAAUCCCAGGAAGUGAAGGGACUUGGGACCCCACCUCACACUACCCCGGUCAAAAAUGGCUCUCCAGAAAUUAAGCUGAAAAUCACUAAAACCUAUAUGAAUGGGAAACCUCUCUUUGAGUCCUCCAUAUGUGGCGACGGUGCGGCCGCCAUGUCCCAUUCGGAAGCAGACGGACAGAGACCAGAGCACAAGGCCCGGAGGAGCCGCAAGAGAAGUGCGCAGUGUGGCUCUUUGCUGGAGCACGGCCUCGUGGAGGCCGCCCUGGUGCCCAGGGUCUCCAGCCCCACGGACAAAAAGAUUCCCGCUAAGAGAGAAUCCUGUCCGAAUAGCAGCAGAGACAAAGACCAGCUGCUGAAGUACAAUGUCGGGGACCUGGUGUGGUCCAAGGUGUCCGGUUACCCCUGGUGGCCGUGCAUGGUCUCUGCUGACCCGCUCCUGCACAGUUACACCAAACUGAAAGGUCAGAAAAAGAGUGCACGCCAGUAUCACGUACAGUUCUUUGGUGAUGCCCCAGAAAGAGCUUGGAUAUUUGAGAAGAGCCUUGUAGCUUUUGAAGGAGAAGGACAGUUUGAAAAAUUAUGCCAGGAAAGUGCCAAGCAGGCACCCACGAAAGCUGAGAAAAUUAAGCUGUUGAAGCCCAUUUCAGGGAAGUUGAGGGCCCAGUGGGAAAUGGGCCUCGUUCAGGCUGAGGCCGCCGCGCGCAUGGCGGUAGAGGAGCGGAGAGCCAAGUUCACCUUCCUCUACGUGGGGGACCAGCUCCGCCUCAACCCCCACGUGGCCAAGGAGGCGGGCGUGGCUGUGGAGUCACUGGGAGAAGCGGCAGAGCCCUCAGGAGCUGGGGAAGAAGCUGCAGACAGCCCUAAGUCCUCGGGGGAGGAGGGCGCACCCGUCAAGAGGAGACGGAGGGCCAAGCUGUCCGGCUCCGCCGAGAACCUCCCUGGCGACCCAGGGCCGGGGCGGGCCACGCCGCAGAAGACGGCCGAGGCCGACUCCAGGAGGGGCGUGGGGUCCCCCCCCGGCAGGAAGAAGGCCACGGCUCCCACCCCGAGGAGCAGGAGGGGCGACGCGGCGUCCCAGUUCCUGGUCUUCUGUCAGAAGCACCGGGACGAGGUGGUUGCUGAGCACCCGGAUGCAUCUGCCGAGGAGAUCGAAGAGCUGCUCGCGUCGCAGUGGAACAUGCUCAAUGAGAAGCAGAAGGCGCGCUAUCACACCAAGUUUGCGCUCGUGGCUCCGCCCCAGUCCGAAGAAGACUCUGGUAACUUAAAUGGGAAGAAAAGAAACCACACAAAGAGGACCCAGGACCUGAGCGAAGACGCUGACGUUGAGGAGGCCCCCAGGAAGAGGCUGAGGACCGACAGGCACGGCCUGCGGAAGAGAGAGAUGAUCACUGACAAAACAGCCCGCACGAACUCUUGCAAGGCCCUUGAGGCAGCGUCCUCGCUGAAGAGCCAGGCAGCCACGAAACACCUGUCUGAUGCCUGCAAGCCCCUGAAGAAGCGCCACCGGGCCCCCGCAGCAACCGCCACCACCCUCACCUUUAGCAAAAGCUCGUCUCCUUCCGCGUCCUUAACUGAGAACGAGGUCUCGGACGGCCCCGGAGACGAGCCCCCGGAGUCCCCGGACGAGAGCGCGGACGAAACCCAGACCGAGGCGUCCGUCUCUUCUAAGAGGUCGGAGCGGGGAGCCACAGCCAGGAAGGAGCACGUGUGCCAGCUGUGCGAGGAGCCGGGCAGCCUGGUGCUGUGCGAGGGUCCCUGCUGCGGCGCCUUCCACCUGGCCUGCCUGGGCCUCUCCCGCAGGCCGGAGGGGCGCCUCCUCUGUGGCGAGUGCAGCUCAGGGAUCCACUCGUGCUUUGUGUGUAAGGAGAGCAAGAGCGACGUCAAGCGCUGCGUGGUGUCGCAGUGCGGGAAGUUCUACCACGAGGCCUGCGUGCGCAGGUUCCCCCUGACGGUGUUCGAGAGCCGGGGCUUCCGAUGCCCGCUUCACAGCUGCCUGAGUUGCCACGCCUCCAACCCCUCGAACCCAAGGCCAUCGAAAGGUAAGAUGCUGCGGUGUGUCCGGUGCCCCGUCGCCUACCACGGAGGGGAUGCGUGUCUGGCCGCGGGCUGCUCGGUGAUUGCGUCCAACAGCAUCAUCUGCACGAACCACUUCACUGCCCGGAAGGGCAAGAGGCACCACGCGCACGUCAACGUGAGCUGGUGCUUCGUGUGCUCCAAAGGGGGGAGCCUGCUGUGCUGCGAGGCCUGCCCGGCGGCCUUCCACCCCGACUGCCUGAGCAUCGAGAUGCCGGACGGCAGCUGGUUCUGCAACGACUGCAGGGCCGGGAAGAAGCUGCACUUCCAGGACAUCAUCUGGGUGAAGCUCGGGAACUACAGAUGGUGGCCGGCAGAAGUUUGCCAUCCCAAAAAUGUCCCCCCAAAUAUUCAGAAAAUGAAGCACGAGGUUGGAGAAUUCCCUGUGUUUUUCUUUGGGUCUAAAGAUUAUUACUGGACGCAUCAGGCGCGAGUGUUCCCGUACAUGGAGGGGGACCGGGGCAGCCGCUACCAGGGGGUCAGAGGGAUCGGAAGAGUCUUCAAAAACGCACUGCAAGAAGCCGAAGCCCGUUUCCGUGAAAUCAAACUUCAAAGGGAAGCCCGAGAAACGCAGGAGAGCGAACGCAGGCCCCCGCCCUACAAGCACAUCAAGGUGAACAAGCCCUACGGCAAGGUGCAGGUCCACACAGCGGACAUCUCCGAGAUCCCCAAGUGCAACUGCAAGCCCACCGACGAGAACCCGUGCGGCUCUGACUCGCAGUGCCUGAACCGCAUGCUCAUGUUCGAGUGCCACCCGCAGGUGUGCCCCGCGGGCGAGUUCUGCCAGAACCAGUGCUUCACCAAGCGCCAGUACCCCGAGACCAAGAUCAUCAAGACGGACGGCAAGGGCUGGGGCCUGGUGGCCAAGAGGGACAUCAGAAAGGGGGAGUUUGUGAACGAGUAUGUGGGCGAGCUGAUUGACGAGGAGGAGUGCAUGGCGAGAAUCAAGCGUGCGCACGAGAACGACAUCACCCACUUCUACAUGCUCACCAUAGACAAGGACCGCAUCAUCGAUGCCGGCCCCAAGGGGAACUACUCCCGGUUCAUGAACCACAGCUGCCAGCCCAACUGCGAGACCCUCAAGUGGACGGUGAACGGGGACACGCGUGUGGGCCUGUUCGCCGUGUGUGACAUUCCCGCAGGGACAGAGUUGACCUUCAACUACAACCUUGACUGUCUGGGCAACGAGAAGACCGUGUGUCGCUGCGGAGCCUCCAACUGCAGCGGCUUCCUCGGUGACAGGCCGAAGACGUCGGCACCCUUGUCCUCGGAGGAGAAGGGCAAGAAGAGCAAGAAGAAGGCCCGGAGGCGCCGCAUGAAGGGCGAAGGGAAGAAGCCUUCGGAGGACGAGUGCUUCCGCUGCGGCGACGGCGGCCAGCUGGUGCUCUGCGACCGCAAGUGCUGCACCAAGGCCUACCACCUGCCCUGCCUGGGCCUGGGCAAGCGGCCCUUCGGGAAGUGGGAGUGCCCUUGGCACCACUGCGACGUGUGUGGCAAACCCUCCACUGCCUUCUGCCACUUCUGCCCCAACUCCUUCUGCAAGGAGCACCAGGACGCGGCAGCCUUCAGCUCCACGCAGGAUGGGCGGUCCUACUGCAGCGAGCACGACUUCCGGGCGGAGCCAGCUCGGAGCACCAAGACCGAGCAGCCCUGUGCGGGGCCCGGCAAGGCCAAGGGGCGGCGGCGGCGGCGGCGGUGUUGGCGCAGGGUCACGGAAGGCAAAUAGCGCCUGGCUGGGCCUGGGUCCGACCAGGGGUGCCACGGGCGGGCGGAGGGCCGGGCCUGGCAGCGGCGGAGGCCCCCGCCCCCGGCCCCCCAGCACAGACGCACAGGCCUCCCCGGGAGGGAGCGCCCCACCACUGAGCCAUCUCUGCAGCACCCGCUGCGCCCGCACUGACCGUCCGGGCCCCGCGGCUACCCCGCGCGGCGCCGACGUCCCAGGACAGACAGCCUCACUACACAGCACCACAGCCACACUUGAACCUCAACUCGUCCGUGCCCGCUGUUGUUCUAGGCCAAAUUUAGGAUUGAAGAUUAACUGGCACAUGAAAUGCGUUUCUCUCACCGAGGGGUAGGGUAGUGUUUCCCUGAGGGUCUUAUCCCAUCUUCAUGACGUUGCCCAAUCCCCGCCCGCCCGCGUCACUCAGGAGAGGAGCCCAGGGUGGGGCCUGGCACAGACCGGGACCCUGCACGCCUUGGGAGUGGGGUUUUGACUAUUGCGCUUACGAAACAGCUGUAUGGUUUUUUUUUGUACUAAUGUGAAGUUUUUCCUCAAAAUGCUUCUUUUCCAUCCUAGAAGCCAAUAGUAUAGCGUGUGGCUCCCUGGAGCGGCUCCGUCUGUGGACCUGGCCCCACAGCGGGCCUGCAGCACAGGCCUGUGGGCAGCUCCCCGAGGGGCCCUCGCGUGGGGAAGCGUUUGUGGAUGGCUUGGUUGGUUUAUCUUUACCAGUUUCUGGCUUUUACUCUCAAUAUAUUUUUGCUAAACUUGUUUCACAAACUACCACCGACUGCAAUGCUUGUUUACUGAUGCGUCCCGACUUCCUGCAGCCGCAGGACGGAGCGGUGGCCAUGGCCCCGCCGAGGAGCCUGGGCUGCCUGGUGCUGGGCCUGGCGCUUGAGGGGAGCCUGUGUCCGGACAGCCCUUUCGGGCCAAGGAGAGGCCGCCUGGGCAGGGGCGGCGGGAGCCGGGCUGGGCGGACGGGCAUGGGCACCUGGCCUUGCGACAGCCGGCUGAUUCCCCGGGGCGCCGCGUGGACCUGGGCCCCAGGCACGAGCCCAGCAGGAGCCCCCUGCCUGCCUGUCUCCAGGCGAGGGGAGCGGCCACUCGGCAGGUGCUGUCCUCUGACCCUUUCACUAAGACCACGCAGAGGACGCCUGUCCUGCGGUUCACACACCUGCCCCAGGAAACCACGCCCGAGGGUGCCUGUUUCUCUCACCAUCCCACCUCGGAAUCGCGGGGUGUGCGGUCCACUGAUGAGCCGUCAGCAGGGGGUGGGGGUCUCUGCAGCCGACCCCCGGGAAGCAUCUGUUCCGGGUCCCAGGCUCCCGCGGCCUCCCGGGCACAGACCAGGAGCUGCUGACCGAGGUAUCCUGUUGGCCCUUCUCUGGUGACCCUGGGACGAGUGACCACGUGGGACCAAAGGCAAAAGCAGCUGCGUCCUCAGCGUCCCCGCCGUCUCUGGGGGGCUAGGGGCGUUUCCGUGCAGAGCUCUCAGACUCUUAGGAGUACUGGGUGGAUGGAGGUCACCUCCUGAGGCCCUGUGCUUGGGGGGCCUGGGGGGCGGCCCCGUCCUCUCCUGCCAGGGUGGGGCCUCUGCCCCCCAGAGCACCGCCACUGGUUUUGCAGUUGCUUUUUCACUUUGGGAACAGGUUAACUUAUUUUUAUAUUUGACAGUAGUCAAGUUUUGUGAUCUUUGAGUCACUCUGAUGUUUCCAAAUUCUUUUAUGAUCUUUCUGAAGGAAAUACUGGAAAACUUACUUUAGAUGUGGUUGCCCUCUUUCCAAAAAUUACUAUAAACUAAUGAGCAAAUAACACUAAGUUUUGAGAAUCUCUAGAAGCCGGUUCACAGCUCUGAGCAGAACCCGGGCCUGGAGAAGCAGCGAAGGGCCUUCCUGGCAGGGCCCCGGCCUCCCUCCGUAGAGGCCUCUGCCCCAAAUCAGAGGGGCGCUGGACGUGGGGAAUUCGGUCUUCUCUGAACUUCAGCCUCAGUCCUUGGUCAUUAACAUGAGGCAGAAAAGAAAGCAAAGCUGCCCAAGGGCCUCAGGACUCAGCACAGGGGUGGCCAGGCUCCCUGAGUGCCGACGGCCUCAGGGCUCCUUGUGGGCAGGACGCAGGCCCCCAUCCCGUCCUCCCAGGGGCUGGGGUCACCCCGCCGCCGUCCCAGGCAGGACCCCCUGACCCGCGGACCACCACGCGUGUGCAGCCCCUUCUCCAGCCACCUCACGCUCGGGAGGAAGACGAGCCCGUUCUCAUCACUCAGAGACCGUCAGGCGCCAGACCCUCGACCCCACGAAACGUGUAGUGAACAAGGACGUUCACGUGCAACGCUGUCUGCGGGCGGCACGCUGCCCGCCGCCCUGCCGAGGCGUGGACUGGAACGACUCCCGCACGCGCGCUGGUGUCUCAGCAGUGCGUGGACGCGGGCCCGGCUCCAGCUCUGGGUACCUGGUGCUACCGCCAGUUCUGACAGACUAAAAACUUGAACUUCACUUCUGGGGGGAUAUACUGAAAUGUAGAUUUGAGAAUUUCUGGUUGGGGGGAAAUAGCGUUUUAAGGUUGGAAACUGUCUGAAGAUUGUAUGAGUAUUUUUGUAUUAAAAAAAAUUUAAAGGCUUUUUUCUUAUUUUA